AUCCACCGCUGACACUUGUAUCGUGUCAUUGUGUGUACUGCCUUCGUUCACCACUCACUACUCAGAAAUCAUCAAUUUGUUGUGCCUCAUAUCCAUGGCUUCUGCUGUGCUCUCUCCUGCUGCAAGUGCACAUCCCAAGUACCUUGCCCUCCCAUCCACUAAACCCAUCACCCAAAAUCAUUUAUAUUCCUUGAUCAACUGCCCGAAAAGGAGCAACGUAAAGUGCAAUGCAUUUUCAGAGAGUAUAAUACAAGGAUUUGGUGAUAAUAUUGUUUCUGUACCCAUUAUUGGUUCUAGUUUUGCGGAUAUUCAUACAAUUGUUGAUACAUUACCAAAAUCUGAGAAAUGGGGAAUUGCCGUUUUUGCUGGUUUGGCUUGGAUAUACCUGACUGCUCGGCCUGGAGUGCUUGUUGGUGCCAUUGAUGCAUAUAUUCUAGCCCCUUUGCAACUGGGACUUGAUAGUUUGACUGGCAGAAGGAGAUUAAAAAGGUCUGAUUUUCUGAUUACCGAUAAGAUUGGAGAGGGUUCAUUUGGUGUUGUUUAUUCUGGGGUACUUGUGCCUAAGAAUGUGAAUGUGGACGCCAAUGUGCCCAAGAGGAGCGUCGCAAAAGUUCUUGAAUCUGAUAAGAGAUUCAAGGAAAAGGUCAUUCUCAAGCAGGUAAAGCUUGGAGUUGAAGGGGCCAAAGAAUGUGGUGAUUUUGAGGAAUGGUUUAACUACAGGCUUGCAAGAGCUGCUCCAGAAACGUGUGCAGAAUUUCUUGGAAGCUUUAUAGCUGACAAAACAAAUUCGCAGUAUAUAAAAGGUGGAAAGUGCCUUGUCUGGAAAUUUGAGGGAGAUAGAGACCUUGCAGAUUACAUGAAGGACCGUAACUUUCCCGUAAAUUUAGAGUCUAUCAUGUUUGGUCGUGUGUUAGAAGGCCUAGACCCUCUUGAGCGCAAUGCAUUGAUCAUCAAACAAAUAAUGAGACAGAUAAUAACAUGUCUAAAGAAAAUUCAUGAGAAUGGAAUUGUUCAUCGUGAUGUAAAGCCUGCAAAUUUGGUGGUCACCAAGAAAGGGCAGAUCAAGCUGAUAGAUUUUGGAGCGGCUACUGAUCUUCGAAUAGGGAAGAACUAUAUCCCAGAUCGUGGUUUGCUGGACCCUGAUUACUGCCCACCUGAACUUUAUGUACUCCCAGAAGAAACCCCAAGCCCGCCUCCUGAACCUAUUGCUGCAUUGCUCUCUCCUAUUCUGUGGAAGCUCAAUAGCCCUGAUCUAUUUGACAUGUACUCAGCUGGGAUAGUUCUUCUGCAAAUGGCUAUACCAUCUCUGAGAUCUUCUGCAGGCUUGAAGAAUUUUAACAUGGAAUUAAGGGCUCAAGGGUAUGAUUUAAACCAAUGGAGGGAGCGUACUCGGACUAGACCUGAUUUCCGGAUUCUAGAUCUAGACAAGGGCAGAGGAUGGGACCUUGUUACCCGGCUUAUCUCUGAGGGGGGUUCUCUUAGACGAGGCCGUUUAUCAGCAGCUGCCGCCCUCAGACACCCUUAUUUCUUGCUUGGGGGUGAUCAAGCCGCUUCAGUUUUCUCUAAACUGAGCUUGACGCGACAGUAAUCUUUCAAGAUCAUUUGCUUUUUUUUUCCUCGAGCUCUUCUGAUUCUUUGUGAGUAUAUUUAUAGCAACCUCCUCCUACACUUUCUUCCCCAUGUUCAUAUAUAAAUAGUAUAAUGAUGAACUCAGAUAAAGCUUUUGAUGAUAGUUGACACGCACAUAUUUUUUAAGAAAAGUGAAGAAAAUUUAUUUUUAUA